CUGCUCCCCCCGUCGUCCCGCCCUCUGCCGCUCCCCGCUCUGCCACGGAAGCGCGGCGGCCCGCAGCGCCCUUCCGGUGAGGCCGCGGCGCCGGAAGGCGGCAGCGCUGCGGCAGAGCGGCGGCCCGGCGCGGCCAUGGCGCCCAAGGGGAAGGCGGGCACGAAGGGCAAGAAGCAGAUCUUCGAGGAGAACAGGGAGACGCUCCGCUUCUACCUCCGCAUCAUCCUCGGGGCCUCCGCCGUGUACACAGUGGUGAACCUGGUGAUCUGCUACCCCAGCACCUCUGUCUGGACAUGGCUUGCAUUUGUGUUCAGUUUGGUGGUAUACGGCACCAGCUACCGCUCCAUGAACUCCAUGGCAAAGCCGUCUUUCACAGAUGAUGGCAGCCUUGCUGACGGGGGGAUUGACCUGAAUAUGGAGCAGGGAUGGCAGAGUGAGUGUCCACACCUGCACGAGUCCAGGCACCUCAAGGAUGUGAUCCUGCUGACAGCUAUUGUCCAGGUGCUGAGCUGCUUCUCACUCUACGUCUGGUACUUCUGGCUCUUGGCUCCGGGGCGCGCAGUGUAUCUCCUGUGGGUGAACAUCCUGGGGCCCUGGUUUACAGCAGACUCUUCGGCUGCCAGUCAGGAGCCAAAUGAGAAGAAACAGCGCCGACAAGAACGCCGCCAGAUGAAGCGCUUCUAGCCCUGGCUGAGGAGAUGGAUUAAUGCUGUCUCUCAUCUCCAUGCUGUUACUUCAUCAGGGAUGCAACUGAAACCAAUCAGAAACCAUCGCAGUAUCUAUGUUGCCCUCUGUCAUUGCUGCCAUUUCACUGUAAAGGCUGCAAGAGACUUCCCUUGGUUGGUUCUUAGUGCCGGUCGAGGCCUUGCUCCUUGUGAUGACAAGGGUGGGUUAUGCUGGGAUGUGUGUAAAUACCUUUUUAAAGUAGUGCUGUAUUGCAUUCAGGGUUGGGGAUUGCAAUGUUGGAGGAAAUACUAUAUUAAAGAGCAGUAUAAUUGA